GCGCAUCUGAUCGUCUCUGCUUGGAUUGCCAUUGAGGGAUACAGAGGCAUUGAUAUCGCUGAAUGUACAUUGCUUAGGGAAUAAUUACGCAGGUUCAAACAGGGGAGCUUUGUUUGUCUUCCACCCUCCCAUAAAUACUUGUCACACCUCUCGUUAUCCUUCAACCCCCUCCACACCAACAACUUACCCCUCAAUUGUCUAAACCGACUGUCAACAUGAAGCCCACCUGGUGGCCCGGCGAGAAGCACGAAGACUUCACAGAAUGGGCUAAAACACAAGGAAUCGUCAUCAAUGGGGUCAGUCCAGCGCGAUUCCCCGGCCGCGGUCUCGGUAUGAUCGCAACGCGAAAGAUAGAAAAAGAUUCCAUCCUCGUCAAAGUCCCCCACUCCGCAAUGCUCACGCCCUCCAAACUCCCAUCCACGUUCACCUCGCGCUUCCCAUCAGAUACACCAACCCACACCCUCUACGCCGCAUACCUCACCAACGCCAGUCCCUCCCACCUCACACCAUGGCGCAACACCUGGCCCACAAUGGAGGACUUUACCUCUAGCAUGCCGAUCCUCUGGUCUUCAUCUUCCCCCCUCUCACCCAGCAGCAACAGCAACACCAGCAAAAUCCAGGACCUCCUCCCACCCUCCAUCUCCAACACCUGGAGCACCAUAACCCCCGGGAAACGGAAACACAAGUACGACACACGGCAUCAGAACCUCCUCAAAGCACAAGAAACCCGUCUCCGCAAAGCAUGGGAUAUCGUUGUCCGGGUAUUCCCCAAGACAGAUAAAGAGCUGUUCACGUACCAUUGGGUGAUUGUGAACACGCGAAGCUUCUUUUAUCUUCUGCCGGGGGCGGAGAUGCCGGAGGAUAGGAAUGAUGCGAUGGCGUUGGUGCCGUUUGCGGAUUAUUUUAAUCAUUCGGAUGUGGCGUGUAAUGUCAAGUUCGACGGGGCGGAGUAUGUCUUUCGUGCGGCGAAGGAGUACAAUGAAGGCGAGGAAAUCUACAUGAGCUACGGGCCUCAUUCGAACGAUUUCCUGUUCACAGAAUACGGCUUCUACCUCGACACCAACGCCUCCGAAACCCUCUAUCUUGAUGAGAUAAUCCUGCAGGACCUGAAUGCCUCAAAACAAGAAGAACUCGAGUUCCACCAGUACUACGGAAACUACCAACUCACCUCCGAGGGCGUCUGCUACCGAACAGAAAUCGCCGCCGGUUUAACCUACAUGCCACUACGACUUUGGCAGGACUAUGUGCUCGGAUACUCGACCGACGGGGUGGAUGAGAAGAUGUCUGCGGCUGUGAUUCGGGGCUGGAUUGGUGUGUAUAUCAAGGAAGCGGAUGUGGCGAUUGCGCGGUUAGAGGAUUUGUAUAUUGCCCAGACGGAGGAUCAAGGUGUGGUUAGGAUGCUGUUGAAGAGGUGGAGGCAGAUUCGGGGGCUUUGUGAGGAGGCGAUUGAUCGGGUGUCUUCAUGAUAUGAUAUCAUUUCUAUCUGGGGAAUGGAUGUGUAUAGAAUAAGGAAGGGGUAUAUUAACUAGUAGUAUCAAUCGGUUCAAAUAUAAGUACAGACAUCCGUUCUGGAAAGACUACAGAAUGUCAAUCGGAAUGGCGCUGGCAUCUCUUUGCUUCGACGUGUGCU